UUUGGACGUGCUUUGCGCUGAAACGGCGGCGUGCGCGCUUCAACAGUGAAUUUCAAUUUCAUUACAAAUAGUUACAGAAUUUCCACCGACUUCUUCAAGCAAAUGCUAAUGGAACAAAAAAUUAUUUUUGAUUUGCGCAUUUGAAUUUCGCGAAUUUUAUUAACGGUAGUGUUGUUCGGUUGCACAUUUUCAGUGAAAUUUAAGUGAUUUUUAUGGGCCAGUUAAAAAAUAUCAAAUAGACACUCGCGCAAAUGGCAGCUCUGGCGUAUGUGGGGCCCGCAGCCCCACGGCGGCACACACAGAAAUACAAUGAAGUCGAUAGCCCUGCACCUGCUUUCACUCCUUCAUAACGGUAUUUGUUGAGAAGCUAAAAGAAAGGUCAUGCCAAAAACUUUAACACAUCUGGUUAACCUCAUGAAUCCCCUAAAAACGCAAUAGAUACAAAAGAAAUUCAAUAAAAAAGUGAGCGAGUGAAGCGAGUGCAUAAAGUGGAAAGAUAGCAAAGGUAACGGUGGUUGUCGCAACAACAACGGCGCACAUCGGCAGUCUAGCAAAUAUGUCAAAACAUAAAGAUGCGCACGACUACAUUUACAUUGCGGACGGCAGCGACGGCGGCAGCAGCGCGUACGUCUUCUCCGCCAGCGUUGACGCAGAGCGGCUCAGCACCGGUGGCAGCUACAGCCACAAACGCAGCAAUAGCAGACGGCGCACCUACAGGCGCACGCCCAUCGGCGGCGCGCCUACAAAGCGGCCCAAAACAUCGCCACCAACACCGCCACCACCACCACAUAAUAUGCUUCCAUUUAGCUUCCAGCAACAACAAUACGAAGAGCAACAAGAAGAUAGCCUGCAGCAGCGAAUGGUUGCGAAGGCGCUCAACGUCACCACAACCACUGCCACAGCCGUGGCGGCGACGACAGCCGUCAUAAUAGGAUUUGGGCUCAGCACGGUGGGCCAUGCCGCCCACAACGCAUUGGGGAGCAGCCGCAGCAGCAGCGCAGACAGCAGCAAUCAUAAUAUGCAGCAAUUGCCGCGACAGCAACAACAUCUCCAUCGUCAUCAACAUAACAUGGCGGCCGCCGCCUCCUUCGCCACGUCUCCGCUUAGCGCCACCCUCACCACAACUGCCACCACAGUGCUGACUGCUGCCAAAGCGGCUGCCACAGCGACCGCAACGACGGCUGCGGAAAACCUAUUUAGCGGCGUCGCCGUCGGCCUUGGCGCGAUGCUAAUCAACGACACACUGCUGUUUGACACCAGUGGGAACGGCACGAGCGUGCUCUUCGCCAACGACGACGACGACAACAACGGAAGUGACCUUAUGAAUGGUAGCAUGGUGAAUCUCACCAGCGGCAAUGCGACCGCGGGCGACGAGGACUUCGGCGAACUGCUGCGUAUGGGCAGCACGUCAGUGGUGCUGGGCCUGCUGAUUCUCAUCACAAUAAUUGGAAACGUUUUUGUAAUUGCUGCCAUAAUAUUGGAACGUAACUUGCAGAAUGUUGCCAAUUAUUUGGUGGCAUCAUUGGCUGUUGCUGAUUUAUUCGUUGCCUGUCUGGUGAUGCCGUUGGGCGCCGUCUAUGAGAUAAGCCAAGGCUGGAUACUUGGACCGGAGCUGUGCGACAUCUGGACGUCGUGCGAUGUGCUCUGCUGUACAGCUUCCAUAUUGCAUUUAGUCGCCAUCGCGCUCGAUAGAUAUUGGGCGGUGACUAACAUCGAUUACAUCCAUUCGCGCACAAGUAAGCGUGUAUUUCUUAUGAUCUUCUCUGUGUGGUCGGCGGCUGUUAUAGUGUCGUUGGCGCCACAAUUCGGCUGGAAGGAUCCCGAUUACUUGCAGCGUAUAGAACAACAAAAGUGUAUGGUUUCACAAGAUGUCUCAUAUCAGGUCUUCGCCACUUGCUGCACGUUUUACGUGCCGCUACUCGUCAUUUUGGCCCUCUAUUGGAAAAUCUACCAGACGGCACGUAAACGCAUACACAGGCGGCGGCCACGGCCAAUCGAUGUGACCGGCAAUAAUAAUCAGCCCGACUUGGCUGUGCAGAAGAAGCGCAACCGUCUUCGAUUGCGUAUCGGCAAAUUCGGGGCAGCUCACGCCAGCACCGCCGUCGGCCAAACAACGCUCGGACUGGUCGAAGGCAACUCAACGAACACGGUGAACACCGUGGAGGACACCGAGUUCAGCAGCAGUAAUGUGGACAGUAAGAGUCGUGCGGGCGUCGAGUCGACCACGAUGUUUAGCAAUAAUCCCGAAGAGAUUGCGACCACUUCGACAAGCCAAAUAUCGACUGUAUCCCACCUGGUAGCGUUAGCUAAUCAACAACAUACAGCAUCCAAAUCAACCUCAACAGUACAACAGCAGCAACAACAACAUAAAGACAGUAGUAGCAAUAUAAAUACAAUAACCACGGCGGCAAUUUCGGAAGCGACGAUAACGACAACAACUUUAGAAAACAAUAAGCUGCCUAGCACAACGGCAACAACAACAACAUCAACGACUAAAGUAUGUAUAGUAGCCCCGAACGACAGCAACGGCAUAAGCUCUACACACGCUGCGAUAAAUGGCGGCACACCCGCAGCCACGGCUGCCAACGGCACUGCGGAGGUACUAGAGGAUCCUCAGCUCCAGCAGCAGUUGCAGCAAGUGCAACAGCAUGCUGACACCGCGACCCCGUCAGUCGGCAGCAAGACAGCACCGCCGGCUGCAUGUGCCUCCAACGCCACCACAAUCACUUCCAUAUCGGCGCUGUCGCCACAAACACCAACAACCGCCAUCACCGCAAGUAGCGGUGGUGACGAACAUCUGCAUCCACUGGCGCCCGCAGCGACGCCCCUGGCUGCCACAUCCUCCUGCCAACUGACGCCCACACCCAAGCUGAAGCACCCGCAGCCAUUAUCCAGCAUAGCCAAUCCCGUACAUAAGGUGACAAAACGCAAGGAGACGUUGGAAGCUAAACGUGAGCGAAAAGCGGCCAAAACAUUGGCUAUCAUCACCGGUGCCUUCGUUAUCUGUUGGCUGCCAUUCUUUGUAAUGGCACUGCUAUUGCCGCUGUGUGAGACUUGCGAGAUUAACGAUGGGCUUGCGUCGGUAUUCCUUUGGCUCGGCUACUUCAACUCAACGCUGAAUCCCGUCAUUUACACGAUAUUCAGUCCGGAGUUCCGUCAGGCGUUCAAACGCAUACUCUUCGGCGGUCAUCGUCCGGUACAUUAUCGCAGUGGAAAGAUUUAAGCAACAGCGAGCCAGCUGGCGUCUGAACAGUUAACACACAAAGAACCACCAUGAAGCACAGCGGUAUUUCUUGGCAGCAACCAAAAACAGUUUUUGUGGUAAAGUCAAUAGCCUCUGGACUGAAAUGUAUAAGAUGCAACACCAAUCAUUGAUUAUUAGCGAUGUACAGUUGUGGGCAAUAUAACAGAAUCGCAUACCAUAUCGUGCUAUUUUAAGCAAAACUAAGCGUUGAGGAGAUUCCGGCAACAUGAAAUUGCACUGAAACUAAAACUCCAACAUCUCAGCUCAAGAAAUGGCUCCCACGGUUGGCACUCUCCCCGCUGUAAAUCCGAGUGCCACGACUAAUGGACAAAGCAUGUAGUUAGGCUCCAGCCAAGCUACCUGAAAGCAUAGGUCAUUCAUCAUCACACCCCUCUAGUUAUCUUAAUUAAAAGUUAUAUAAUACUUACGAAGUGCAUCGUAAAUAGGUUAUUGUAAAGAAACUGUUUUUCUAAAAUAUAAGUGUUGCAUACAAUUUGUUUAACAUUGUGUAUGUAAGGCACAUACCUACUUUUAAGAUAACAACAACAACAACUGAGAACUUGAAUAAUGCAAAUUAAGAACGAAAACAAUUAGGAAUGCUUCAAAUAUACAUACACACCGACACACCCACACAUAAACACGUGAUUUUGUUCAAUACUACUCAUAAAUAGUUGUAUACUAGUUACUAAGCAGUUACAUAGAUUUGUAUACUCGUACACACACACAUAUACACGUAUUAUGCAUGCAUAGACAUGGCAAUGCAUGUCUGUGUGUAGGUAUUUAUAUGAAUUGUUGACUGUAGAAUUAAGCUGAAAUGUUAGUGUAAAGCAAACACAAUAAUAAGUGUUGCCUCUGUACAGUCCAAGCCAAACUCACUUAGCAAAAUAGCAUAAAUACUAGUAAUUAUAAGAGUUAAACAUAAAUUGUAUUGCUAGAUAUUGAAUAAAAAGCAAAUAGCGUUAAGGCCCAAACCUUAAUAAAUGCGCGAAAAAUGGAUUUCUUUAAAUAUUUGCAUAUGGCUGCAACUCGCAGACUAAAUCUGCAUAAAUGUACACAAUAAUCUAAAGUUAAUGGCAUUAAUCAAACGUUAGUUAAUUACUAAAGUGUAAUUUUUCGGGAAAAUGGGUACUACUACUGAUAAUAAAUACCGUGCAGAUGUGUUAAACAAAUGUAAGAAAAUUGCUUAACAUACACAUAUGUACAUACUUAUUAGCAUACUCUUAUUACUCUCUUAUGUAGUUAAACUAUUUAUAAAUGCAUUCUUAAUACAAUUGAGGUUAGAUAUCCCUUAGAGAAUGGCUCCAACAACACGUACCCACUGCACAUACACACAUACAUACAUACAUGCAUCUAAGUAAGGCGCUGCUGGGCAUUCGGAGCAGUGCCAAUAAUAAAUAAUGCAGUUCAAUCAAAAGCAAAAAUACUCAUGACAGCGUGCAGACCACAAGCUGCGCUGCGAAUGCAAAGAAAAUUCAGAAAAUCAAAAUACAUUAGCUCAAUUUCAAAACCCCACAGUUAAAGUUAAGUUCAUGCAUAGCUUGAUACACAUAUACCGAGGACCGAGGCGCGAUAUCGAGUGAGAGCGCCUUCAAAAGUCGCGUUGCGUCGCAUCGAAAUGUCUGCCAGGGUGACACGGUAGGAAUAGCCGGGAACUUAUGUAAGUAUGUCCGGGUCUUGCGCCUGCCACGAAGUGUGGAAGCAGUAGCGGGUGAGCCGGCAAGCGGUUGCGCUGUAUGAAGAUGGUGCAAUUGAGUCCGGCUUAUUUUCUGCGAUUUGUCGCAAACACAGAAACCAAUUAACGGCACUUUUGUACACUUUGCUCAAAUCGUACGAAGUCUUCAACUGUUAGCGGUCAACUAUUGCUCUCAACAUUGGUUCAGUUUGCGAAAUAACGCACACACACAGCCUAGGACUCAUAAUUAUUUUCGAUGUUCGAUAUACACUUGAUGAGAAUCACAUCUAGAAGACAGUUAAGUGUGUCUUCAGAGAAUUUAAUUUUUUCUUAUUUUUCCAUAAUUUUAUUUGAUGAUUAUUUUUAAGAUAACAGUAAAUUAUAUAAUGAUUUUGUUUGUUAUUUUUAAAACUAAGUUGCCGGUGGCUUCAGCCCCAAUAGCCUCCGGCAAGCACCUGAUUUUAGCAAAAACGACUUUUUAGCUUAAGUUACAAGGCGAUUUCCAUUUAUAUUGUGCGCCAGUAAAAAUUUCAAAAAUUAGAGGUUUCAUUCACUUAUCAUUAAGUGGUUAUCGAACGUUGAUGCUUUUUUUGUAAUUUAUACAUAUAUAUACAUAUGUACAUACAUACACAUGAUUCUGUAAAAAAAUUAUAACCCUUCAAAGCCACUAGCGAAAUAUCUAAAGUAUAUCAAAUCUCAUUCUAUCACUGAUACUCCUAACCUUAGAGAAAUUUAAAUCAUAUACAUACAUAUAUGUACAUAUGUACAUACAUACCUACUUAUAUACAUAUGUAUACAUAAGUAAGUAGGUUACUAAUAAAUAUGAUUGUUCAACACAUGUCGCACAGACUGUAAACCAUACUUAUACUUAAACAUAAUUGUAACUAGCAUUAAUUACAACAAAAAUAGACGAAUGAAAUUAAAAUACAAUAUGAAAUAUAAAUAAAUUGUACUGUGCUGCAAGAAAACUUCAAAAUGGUGAACGCGCCAAAGCGAGAAAAUAAAUUAUAAAAGAAUUAUUGUAAAAAAUC